AUGUAUGACAUUCUACAACAUACCCACUCAGACCAAACCAGACUGAACCAGGCCAGAUUGUUCACAUGUUCAUGUUGUUACAGAGUUUACAAAGCUGUGAUUCAGGCUCUGCAGAAAUCUGAAGAAGGACAUCCAUUCAGGACUCUGCUGGAGCGGGACUUGGAGCUGACCCAGGACUCCGUUCGUCUCUUCGCGGAUCAGACUCGAGUUUAUCUGAACCGGUACAAGAACCAGUACCAGUACCAGUACCAGUACCAGUACAAGUACCAGUACCAGUACGAGUACCAGUACCAGUACGAGUACCAGUACCAGUACCAGUACCAGUACCAGUACCAAUACCAGUACCAGUACCAAUACCAGUACAAGUACCAGUACCAGUACCAGUACCAGUACCAGUACCAAUACCAGUACAAGUACCAGUACCAGUACAAGUACCAGUACCAGUACAAGUACAAGAACCAGUACCAGUACCAGUACAAGUACCAGUACCAGUACAAGUACCAGUACCAGUACAAGUACCAGUACAAGAACCAGUACCAGUACAAGUACCAGUACAAGUACCAGUACAAGUACCAGUACCAGUACAAGUACCAGUACCAGUACAAGUACAAAAACCAGUACCAGUACCAGUACAAGUACCAGUACAAGAACCAGUACCAGUACCAGUACCAGUACAAGUACCAGUACCAGUACAAGUACCAGUACCAGUACAAGUACAAGAACCAGUACCAGUACCAGUACAAGUACCAGUACCAGUACAAGUACCAGUACCAGUACAAGUACCAGUACAAGUACCAGUACAAGUACCAGUACAAGAACCAGUACCAGUACCAGUACAAGUGCAAGUACAAGUACCAGUACAAGCAUAAGUAG